GACUAGCCCCACCCUCCUUUCGCCGGCGCUUUUUAGGCGGCGCUCUAAGUGGGUGAUGGAAUUAGCGUGGCGGAAGUGAAUGCCUUCUGACCCGGAAGAAGGCUCCCGGCCGGAGAAUUGUUUACAUUUCAAAGAAACCAGUUCCUUUUGGGAAAGUAGUUAAACCGACUUGGUCCCUCCGACAGAAUGGUUUGCGAAAAAUGUGAAAAAAAACUUGGUACAGUUAUUACUCCAGAUACUUGGAAGGAUGGAGCAAGGAACACUACAGAAAGUGGUGGAAGGAAAUUAAAUGAAAACAAAGCUUUGACUUCAAAGAAAGCAAGAUUUGACCCAUAUGGAAAGAAUAAAUUCUCCACUUGCAGAAUUUGUAAAAGUUCUGUGCAUCAGCCAGGUUCUCAUUAUUGCCAAGGCUGUGCUUACAAAAAAGGCAUCUGCUCAAUGUGUGGGAAAAAGGUUUUGGAUACCAAGAACUACAAGCAAACAUCUGUUUAGUUGCACUGAAUAACUUUCUGGCUUCCACUUUUAUAUUUCUAUAUGAUUUUUAUUUUCUGCUUUUAAUUUUUCCAAGGCAAAACUUGCACAUACUGGUUUUAAAACAAUAUUUCAAGGCAAAUGACUAAUAUUAGACCAUUAUUCAAAAAUUUCCUCUUUCAAGAAGCCCUGCAUAGUACAAAUUGUAUUACUGUCUACAAUUGAUAGCAUCCAUACAAACAUUUUACUCGACUUAGUAGGGCCAGAUUUCAGUUUUUCCCAAUCUUUUAUGCACUUUGUACUUACUAUAUAUCAAAUUAUUUCCUCCCCUUUUUUUCAGUAGAUAUUUUUGCCAAAGGGAUGGGAAUGUUAAGAAAUAGCAAAUUUGCUAAUAUUUCCCUAACAACAGUGAACCUUGGCAACCAAAAUCAUCAUUUGCCUCCCUUGACAGGAUGCAUUACUCUUAGCACCAGCAUCCUUUAGCGAAUCAUAAUAUAAAAGGGCAGAUAACCUUUGAAAUUUAAUAGGACUAAAAAAACAAACAAAAAAGAAGAGAGAUUUAAUAGGACUUUAUCAGAGACCAUGGUAGCUAAAGUGGCCAGUCUGCUUACCCACCUACUGAUUAGACCAUUCUGGAAAGGGUUUGAGAGUUUGAAUUUUAAGAUUUUCAUUCCUAUUGAAAGGGAAGAGUCCUCCUAGGGAGUAGCAAAAAUACAAUUAAUUCUCCUCCUGUCCUUUUGCCUGAGUUUCCCCAUCUCCUAGGUAGAAACCCCAGGAAUAGCUCAGAAGGAGUAGUGAUUCUGUGAAUUCAGUCAGUAUUAGGAAGCCUAGAAGAGUGGCACCUGAUGUCUAUGUUAACCAGCAUGGGGAGACAUCACCAUUGUGUGAAAGCCUCAGAAGCAGAGAUCAAAUUCUUCUCCCCCCACCCCACCAAAACAGCAAGAAUAUGAAUCCUGUAGAUGUUAUAAAUGGAUACACAUUGCCAGAAUUUUUUACGUAAAGGUCCCUAAAUCCAAUACUGUAUGUCAAGGAAGAAUGUUCUUGCUGAACCUUCAAAAUUUGGGGAUCUCUUUCUAUUGAAAGUGGAUGCUUAUUGGGAGAUAAUUAUGCAGGAAGGUAAAAAUCUUUUCCCUUUAAAAGCUGGGGUAUGUCAGAAAUAGGUGAAACUGGUGGUGUCCUCACACAUGGCAGAAUGUGGGGUAGAAGUACUCUACAUUUUUAUUUAAGUUUUGAUAAUAAUUAUGAAAACUAAUUAAAGUUGUACUUGUCACUUA